UAACUCGCUCCGUCCUCCCCCUCGCGCGCUGCGCCACCUUCAAUUCGUCGCCACUCACCAGCCAGGCAGCCACCGGCCACCACCACCAUUUGCGAUUUCCGCAUUGGCGUAGGCCGCAUUGAUGCCCUCCCUUCGUCCCAUCUCCCACGGGCCACGGCCACCCCCCUAAAACGAGCACCGGACCCAAAAUAGGCCGGCACAACAAGCACCGCCCACCGGCCACUCCUCCAUGCUGCCGCUAACUCUCGUCGUCUCCUUUCUUUACCCGGGCAAAGGAGGCAGGGAGUAAGCGAGUGAGCGAGCGUAGCGAGCGAGAUGAUGAAGCUGCGGUGGUGGCGGGUGGACGCGUCGGAGGUGGCCGCCGUCACGGCCAUGGGCGUCUGGGAGGCCGUCCUCGCCGGCGGCGGCAGGCGCUUCAUCAAGCGCAAGGACAGCGACGCCGGCGAGACCGGUCGGGCGCUGGAGGAGCUGCGAAGCUCCCUGUACAACGAGAUGCACAGUUCGGAAGGGGCCAAGCGCCAGCAGCAGCGUUUCUGCGGACCAUCGGUCGCGCUCACAUUCAAUUUCGCUGUCGCUGUCGGGAUCAUCGUGGCAAACAAAAUGGUGAUGGGGAGUGUUGGAUUCAAGUUCCCGAUUGCGCUGUCACUGAUUCACUACGCAGUUGCGUUUGUUCUGAUGGCGAUCCUCAAGGCGCUGUCACUGCUACCGGUUGCCCCUCCUUCGAAAUCCACACCUUUCUCCUCUCUGUUUGCUCUGGGUGCUGUGAUGUCUCUCUCCACGGGGCUUGCUAAUGUGAGCUUGAAACAUAAUAGUGUAGGUUUCUACCAAAUGGCUAAGAUUGCUGUGACUCCCACAAUUGUUGCGGCAGAGUUUAUGCUUUUCCAGAAGAAGGUUUCCUUUCAGAAGGUUAUCACACUAGCAACUGUGUCAUUUGGAGUGGCUGUGGCCACUGUUACAGAUCUAGAGUUCAACUUCUUUGGUGCCUGUGUAGCAUUGGCCUGGAUUGUCCCUAGCGCAGUAAACAAAAUCCUGUGGUCAAAUUUGCAACAGACUGGAAACUGGACUGCUCUUGCGCUAAUGUGGAAGACAACCCCUGUUACCAUAUUUUUCUUGCUGGCAUUGAUGCCUCUGCUGGAUCCACCGGGCUUGCUGUUGUUCGAUUGGAAUUUCAGAAAUAGCUGUGCUAUUAUCAUUUCUGCUCUGUUUGGUUUCCUUCUUCAGUGGUCUGGCGCCUUGGCACUCGGCGCGACCUCGGCCCUGUCACACGUCGUGCUUGGCCAAUUCAAGACCAUCGUCAUAAUGCUCUCCGGCUACCUCAUCUUCAGCUCAGAUCCCGGGAUCACCAGCAUCUGCGGCGCCGUGGUGGCCCUCGGCGGCAUGUCCUUCUACACCUACCUGGGCUUGAAGGAGUCCGUGGCUCCCACCGGCAAGAAGCCGCCAUCGAGAUCGAACUCGUUUCUCGGCAAGCCUGGAGUUGUUGGAGACGGGGGUAGCUCGGACUACGAGGACUCCGUGUGAGAUGAGAAGGUGGCCAUGCAUCCCGAUUCGCUUCAUGAUGGUCGACAGAGAUGGAUCGGAGCCGGUGCCCGGUGGAUGCUUGUGUAACUGAGUGGUAGGUUGUGUUGUUGUGAGCUAGUUUCGCUUUGGGUAAUUUUGGUCGGUAAUGCAAACUCGUGAAUCCGUUGUACAUAGAAAACUUUUAGAGUUCACAUUUCUUCUGACUCUGUUAGUGUUAGACAAUUUCAUGAUUAA